AAAAUCAAGACUAUAAAUUAGGAAUAUGGAUGAAUAGAAGAGAGAAGCUUGAAGCGGUUUGAAAAUAAAAAAUAGUAGUAAAAAAUUCAAAAAACCUAAAACCGCUAGGGUUUACACUCCGAACGGCUCCCUACCUCAUUCAUGGCGGACGACGCAGCUCCAGAGGCUCCGAUGGAGGUCGAGCUUACAGCGGAAGUCUCGGAUGUGAAGAUUCUGGCGGAGGAUUCCGAGAACGCCUCGGAUGUGAAGAUUCUGGCGGAGGAUUCCGAGAACGGAGGCGCGAAGCGCUCCAGGGAGGAAGAUGAGUCGGCGGAGCAAAAGGAGAAGAGAACGAAAACCGAGGAUGCGAAGUCCGGGGAGCAAAAGGAGAAGAGAACGAAAACCGAGGAUGCGAAGUCCGGAGAGGAGGAGAAGAGCGCCGGAGAUGGAGAGGGGAAAACCGAAGAGCAGAAGGAUGACGGCGAGACAAUGGCCGAGGAGAAGAUCGCCGGAGAUGGAGAGGAGAAAACCGAAGAGCAGAAGGAUGGCGGCGAGACAAUGGCCGAGGAGAAGGAGUCCGAUAAGGCGGUUGUCGGACCGAAAACCUUCGACACGUCUGUUGAGAUGUAUGAUUACUUCUUCAAGCUUCUUCAUUCCUGGACUCCUAAUCUUAAUCUCAAUAAGUACGAGCACUUGGUGUUGCUAGAACUGCUCAAGAAAGGUCAUCUAGAGGCCGAGAGAAAAAUUGGCGCUGGCGUGAAAGCUUUCCAAGUCCGCUUCCAUCCUCAAUUCAAAAGCCGCUGCUUCUUUAUCUUAAGGGAGGAUGAAUCAGUUGAUGAUUUCAGCUUCAGAAAAUGUGUUGACCACAUAUCUCCAUUGCCGGAAAACAUGCAAGUCAAACACGAUGUCAAUAAGGCAUUGCGUGGAAAAGGAGGAGGCCGCGGACGCGGUCGUGGUCGUGGCAGAGGUUGGAAGUGAAGAAAUACUAAUUUAACUAUAAUCUAUUUUUAGUUUGCCUGAAGACCUCUAAGGAGAAACUUAAUGCUUGUUAUAUACUCUUCUUGAUGCUGCCGAAUUUGGAUUAGCUGCUGCAGUUUAUUAAUAUAUCUUUAAGCUUAAUUACGUUUUCUAA